AUGAAGAACAGCGGGAAAGGGACAAGAGAAGUAAAGGGUUUUAUUCCUUUGUUAACCAAUCUCCUAAUUCCUUACAUGGCUUUUUUCACAUCUUCUACUGAUUUCAGAAUCUCUUCUUUUGAUGUUGUUGACAUCGCUAAAUUGGUCUUCUCGAAAUUUGCUGAAUUUGCUGAAUUUUCUUAA